AUAAAAAAUAAAAAAUAAAAAAAAGGAAAAAAGCACAAAAAAGUGGGAGCCGCAAAUAGUAUCCACGUGUAAGAAAUAUUAUGGCAAGUAUACUUGUCCAUCUCACGCGCGCGAGUAUAACUAAAUAAACACUCACAUCCCACCAAUUUUCUUCAUAAAGAGCAAACUUAAAAAUAUUAAAUUAAUUAUUAUUAAAAUAAAAAAUCUUAUCCGAUAAAAAAAAAAAAAAAAAACGAAGGAGUAGAAAAAAAGACAAAGGAUUGCCACGUGUUAGAGGCGAACUUUGAACGUGAGCCACAAGAAUCCACAAAGUUCUGGAGAAUUCUACCAAAAUCUACCCUUAACAAAUAUCAUAAUUCCCAUUUUAUCCUCCAAAAAAUCCUCCCACAUAAACCCCCCUUUCUUCCUCAUUUUUUUCUUCUCUUAACAAUAAACUGUCUUCUCUUCUUCUUCUUCUACUUUCUCUCUCUUACGUGGCAAUCUCUCUCAAAAAUUUAUCUGCUGUUUCUCUUGUUAAUCUCUUACUGUUAAUUUGUAUUCAAUUGAAUUUAGCUGAAUAUUUCAAGUUUCUGGAAAAAUUUAAGAUCGAAGAAGAUUGGAUUUUGAUUCGAUGCUUUCGUCUUCGUCUAAUAUGGCUGCUCAAGAGGAGACUAGUGCUGCUCAAUCUAGUUCAGGCAAUAAGAAUUCGCCAGCUGCCGGAGUGCAGUCAGCAGUGGGAGAAGGCCAAGUUCCUAAGAUUCGAAAGCCGUAUACUAUAACAAAGCAAAGGGAAAGAUGGACGGAAGAAGAGCAUAAUAGAUUUCUUGAAGCUUUAAAGCUGUAUGGCCGAGCAUGGAGAAAGAUUGAGGAGCACGUUGGAUCUAAGACGGCUGUCCAAAUCCGCAGUCAUGCCCAGAAAUUCUUUUCAAAGGUUGUUAGGGAAACAAGUAACAGCAAUGCAAGCUCGGUUGAGCCAAUUGAGAUACCACCACCCCGUCCUAAGAGAAAGCCGUCACACCCAUACCCUCGCAAACUUGUGCUUCCAUCUAGAAAAGAUAUGCCUAUGGAACAGGGAGCAAGAUCUGUGUCUCCAAACUCCUCGCUCUCUGAGCAAGAUAAUCAGUCUCCUACUUCAGUUUUGUCUGCUGUGGCCUCAGAUAUGUUAGCAUCUGCGGAUUCAGCUGCCACCAAAAGUAACAGUCCAUCCCCGGUAUCUUCAGGCAAUUUUGGCAAUGAAGUUGCAAGGUUGCGUUCAGAAGAUAACGCUUCUCAAGGGGAAGUGCAUGAGUCCAAAUCAGGAUCAGUUGCUCCAGCUUCAGUGAAAUUGGAGCUUUUCUCAGAUAAGGAGUCAUCUGACAAGGAAGAAUCAGGUUCUACAAAGGUCCUUAAAUUAUUCGGAAAAGAUGUAGUAGUCUCAGGAAACUCUGAAUCAUUUACUUGCUUGAGCAAGUCACCCUCAUCAGAUAUGGGGGAAGGAGUCGUACAGGCAUAUCAAGAAGAUUGUAAGCCUGAUAAUUGCAGAGAAGCACAGGACCAUGUGAAAUUUAAUUGUGAGCAUAGUAAUACAUACCAGGUAGAGAAACCGAUUCCUCUUCCAUGGUGGGUUUUCUUCAAAGGGAUGUCAGUACCUCCCUUUAAAGAUCCCCAAGAGAAGGAAAAUCAGCGAGAUGGAUCUUCUGCAGAUUCAGAUAGCGGUUCAGUGAAUGAAGGAGAGAAUCCAGAUAAGAAUUGGGAAAUGGAGACGGGGUCUGGCCAAUGCGGUCUACAGUCUGACAAAGAAAGCAAGUCUGUAGAGGAUUCAUGUACUCCGAAAGAACUCACUUUGAUCGAGAAGAGAUGUGUUGACAAGGGUAGAAAGGGCUUUGUUCCGUAUAAAAGAUGUCUGUCGGAGAGAGACAUGCAAUCAUCGACGAUACCUAAUGAAGAAAGAGAAAGUCAAAGAAUCCGACUUUGCUUGUAGUAAUAUAUCCUAGCGAGAUUUCCUUAUUUAGAUAGCACAUCAUUUAUAACUAUCCAGACUGAAAUAUCCAAUUCAGUAUUCACAAGGAACCAGUACAGUCAUACAAGUAGCAAUUUUGGUCGCGAUAUGAUUAUAUGUCUAUAUAUGAAGUCUGAUCGUAUAACCGUCCUCCAAGGUGAGAGGCAAUAUAUGGUGGAUGGAAGUUGAUGGCGCGGCAAAUAAAGGCUCCUCAGAAAGUGAAAUUGAGGGGGUGUUCUGCUCAGUCCUUUAUAGAAAAAAUUUCAAACUUUGCUGGAUCUUUGACCUUUGUACUGUUUCUUCUAGCUUUCAGGUUUCCCUCAGUUUCUGAUUUCUAAUUUUUUUUCUUUGGGAGAUUUGGUUUCUAGGUCUUGUAUACUAGGGUCUCAGUUCAAAAUUUUUUUUUUUUUCUCUUUCCUUCCCCUUGUUUGGGGUUUAUAAUUUGUGAAUUAUUAUGAUUAGUAUUUUGGCAAGAGUUUUUGUUCAGUGCUUGAGAAUCACAAAAAAGAGCAAUUUAGUGAGUUAUACUAGAUCCUAUACAAGGUUUGGGGAACUGCAAGUCUACAACUUCUAAUGGUGGAUAUGAGAUACGCAUAUAUGUCCAUGCGCUAGCAUAUCUCGUGUUCAAGUAGGCAGACAAGGGUCACAAGGCAGUGCUUGAAACAAGUGAAGAAAAAUUAAUUUGGAGUUGGGUCAUGUUUGUGCCAACCUUGUGUCAACUUUUAAAAAUGAUGUCCAUACACUAUCGAUGGACUAGUAACUUUGGUAAGACUUGUGGCGGAUUCAUGCUAUGUCAGAUGACUCGGAUCAUUUUCAUGUCGUACUUGAUCGACCUUCAUGGUAGUCCGGCCCAUGCCUAACGCCCUAACUCUAAUAACUACCGUCUCAUUAUACAGUGAAGAUUAGAGAUACCGCGGUGAUUAUAUGUUUGGUGUUAUAGGAUGUGCCUGAUUUAGGCAUAGUGAUUAUGUGGAUACGAAAGAGAGACAGAAAAUCAGAAACCAGUAAAGCUCUGACAAAAUGAUCUGUCUACUUGUGACCUCCAGAAGCAGCAAUCUAUGGAAUUCGACAUUGCGUCAUAUUUGUGGCUCUAGUUUGUUAAACAACGCACAACCAUGUGCUUAUGCGUCUACAUUUUGUUGGUGGGAUUUCUUGCAUUCCACUUUGUGACUAUGUGGGCCAUACUGUUCAUAUUUGGAAAGCUUGGCUGAUUAACAUUGCAUUAUUACAAAUUUAGCAUUACCAACAGGUUUAUUGCAACAUAAUCAAUUGCCUCAUUUUACAAA